AGGAUCCUCCUGCUGAGGUUGUUUUCCCAUGUUAGCCAAUUAGCAACCUAGCAUGCAAUUUUUAGGUCUGGCGCCUAGACUGAAUGGUGCUCGCGUGUUUUUUUUUAUUUGCCAUUCAAAUCCGAACCUUGAACGAUUCAUCGUUUGAGAGCGCUUUUACCAAGCUUCAUAGGUUUUGAUUUUUCGGCGGAGCAGAAAGAAGUGAUCCGGAGUGUCUGUUGCGGGAUUCCGCCUCAGUGAGGAGCAUGAGUACACAAUGAAGCGGCGCUUGGAGGAUCAGGACACAGUGAUCGGCUCUCAGCGGCGGCUCCCCGGGGGUGUAGACAGCUUUCAGCACCGUGUCCUCAACUCUGCCUCCUCCCUUUACGAGACUCCACCAGACAACAUGCAGCCAUCAUCCAGCAUGCAGUACUCGGUCUCACAGACCUAUCAGUUGUCAAUGGCCCAGAGUUCUGGGGGACAUGGACAUACCAGCAGUUCAGCUGUGCACACUGGACCUCAUCACCAUGGGCCAGCGGUCCAGCCAGUGGGCCAGGGUCACGCUCAUGCUACGCCAGCCCCUGCCCCAACACUGGGUCAGCAGCAGUUUCAAAGGCUCAAGGUUGAAGAUGCGCUUUCCUAUUUGGAUCAAGUUAAGCUUCAGUUUGGCAAUCAGCCACAGGUCUACAAUGACUUUCUGGAUAUCAUGAAGGAGUUCAAGUCUCAAAGCAUUGAUACACCAGGUGUGAUCAGCAGAGUCUCCCAGCUCUUCAAGGGCCAUCCAGACCUCAUCAUGGGCUUCAACACCUUCCUGCCUCCUGGCUACAAGAUUGAGGUUCAGACCAAUGAUCUGGUUAAUGUGACCACUCCUGGCCAGAUCCACCACAUCACGCCGCAUGGGAUCUCUGUUCAGAACCUUCCCAUAACCCAGCCAGCGCAACUCCAGACCCAAACAGCAGCUCCCACCAGCACUGCAGCCUUGGUCAUCCCUAGCCAGCCAACCCCUGCCAAGAUCAGCAAGCCAAUGCCGUCUCCUGCACUUACCCCAACCAGUCAGCCCAAUCCGUCCAUUCCCUCAUACGCCUCCCCGCGCUCGCCCUCGGUCCAGUCCCACACUCCCAUCAGCAGCAGCACUGCCGGUUCAACCCCGCUGCAGAACAACCAGCCUGUAGAGUUCAACCAUGCUAUCAACUACGUGAACAAAAUCAAGAACCGCUUUCAUAACCAGCCAGAGGUCUACAAAUCCUUCUUGGAAAUUCUGCACACAUACCAGAAGGAGCAGCGUAAUGCUAAGGAGGCAGGGGGAAGCUACACACCCACUCUCACGGAGCAGCAGGUCUACGCUCAGGUGGCCCAGCUCUUCAAGAACCAAGAGGACCUUCUUUCAGAAUUCGGCCAGUUCCUGCCAGAUGCUAACAAUUCAUUGUUAUUGAGUAAGACUACAGCUGAGAAGGCUGAAUCUGUGCGUAUUGAUCACGGGGUGACAGUAAAGAGACCCCAACUAAACAACAAGCAGAGGUUUAACCAGAAUGGCUGCCAAAUCCGCAGACACCCAGGGCCGCCCACUACACCCCCUGUUAAGAAAAAGCAAAAGCUAUUGGGAAGAGACCAUUCAGUGGCCGAAGCCAGCAAACUUGGAAUUGGUGCUGAAUCUCUCUUUUUUGAAAAGGUGCGGAAAGCACUGCGGAGUUCAGAGGCUUACGACAAUUUCUUACGCUGUUUGGUCAUCUUCAAUCAAGAAGUGAUCUCACGGGCGGAACUUGUGCAGCUGGUCUUGCCAUUUUUGGGGAAAUUCCCAGAGCUUUUUACAUGGUUUAAGAACUUCCUCGGCUACAGAGAGGGUGCCCAUAUUGAGAGCUUUCCCAAAGAGCGAGCCACUGAAGGCAUUGCAAUGGAAAUUGAUUAUGCGUCCUGCAAAAGAUUGGGCUCCAGUUACAGAGCCCUGCCCAAGAGCUUCCAGCAGCCUCGAUGUACAGGCAGGACUCCACUGUGCAAAGAGGUGUUGAAUGAUACGUGGGUGUCAUUUCCAUCCUGGUCUGAGGACUCAACCUUCGUCAGCUCCAAAAAGACCCAGUAUGAAGAGCAUAUAUAUAGAUGUGAAGAUGAGCGCUUUGAGCUUGAUGUGGUUCUGGAGACAAACCUGGCCACUAUCCGUGUUCUGGAGGCUGUUCAGAAGAGGAUCUCGCGCAUGUCUGCUGAGGAACAGGCCAAGUUCCGGCUGGACAACACCAUCGGAGGCUCCUCUGAGGUCAUCCAUCGUAAAGCUAUUCAGAGGAUAUAUGGUGAUAAAGCUCCAGACAUCAUAGAUGGGCUUAAGACGAACCCUGCUGUCUCUGUACCUAUUGUACUCAAAAGGCUGAAAACUAAAGAAGAAGAGUGGCGAGAGGCUCAGCGUGGCUUCAAUAAGAUCUGGAGGGAACAGAAUGAGAAGUAUUACCUGAAGUCUUUAGAUCACCAAGGUAUUAACUUCAAACAGAACGACGCAAAGGUGUUCCGCUCCAAGAUGCUGCUCAAUGAAAUCGAGACUCUUUAUGAUGAGCGUCAGGAGCAGGCUUCAGAAGACAAUGCCGCCCCUCCUUCAGGCCCUCACAUGACCCUGGUGUACGAGGACAGCCAGAUCCUGGAAGAUGCGGCCGCUCUCAUCAUCCACCAUGUCAAGAGACAGUCCAGCAUCCACAAAGAUGACAAGUACAAAAUCAAGCAGAUCAUACACCAUUUCAUCCCCGACAUGCUGUUCGCCCGGCGCGGCGAGCUUUCUGAUGUGGAGGAGGAGGAAGAAGAGGAGACUGAACCAGAUGAAGAUGGGACUAAAAAGCACAACGGGACGACGUCAACAAAGUCUAAGCUCCUCUUCAGCCACACAGCAGCCGCCCAGCAGAAGCUGAGUAACUGUGAUGAUGCCUACAACCUCUUCUAUGUCAACAAUAACUGGUACAUCUUCCAACGGCUGCAUCAGAUCCUGUGCUCCCGACUGCUACGGAUCUACGCACAGGCGGAGAAACAGAUAGAGGAGGAUGGCAGAGAGAGGGAGUGGGAAAAGAACGUCUUGGGACUGAAAAGAGAGAAGAAUGACAGCCCGGCCAUCCAGCUGCGUUUGAAAGAACCCAUGGACAUCGAUGUUGAAGACUACUACUCUGCCUUCUUAGAGAUGGUGCGAAACCUUCUGGAUGGCAACAUGGAGACAUCACAAUAUGAAGACCAGCUGAGGGAAAUGUUCACCAUCCAUGCCUACAUUGCCUUCACAAUGGACAAACUCAUCCAGAGUAUAGUGAGACAGCUGCAGCAUAUAGUAAGCGAUGAGAUCUGUGUACAGGUGACCGAUCUUUACCUUAGCGAGUGUGCCAACAAAUCCACCGGUGGGUCCCUCUCCACCCAAGCUUCUAGAGGAAGUGUCGAGUCAGCCUACCAGCGCAAAGCCGAGCAGCUGAUGUCCGAUGAGAACUGUUUUAAGUUAUUGUUCCAGAAGUCUAAGGGGGCUGUGCAGCUGGCCGUGGAGCUGUUGGACACGGAGGAGGAGAACUCGGAUGGACCUGUGGAUACCGAGCGCUGGCCCGACUAUGUGGAGCGAUAUCUGAACACCAGCUCGGCCUCUCCAGAGCUGCGAGAGCACCUCUCCCAGAAGCCUGUGUUUCUACCCAGGAACCUAAGGCGAAUCAGGAAGUGCCAGAGAGGUCAGGAGAUGCACAUGAGAGAGGCCAAAGAAACGGUCAAGAAAUCCUCAGAGGGCGGCGAGGACUCAAAAAUGGAGUGCAUGUUUAAGCUCAAUUCUUACAAGAUGGUGUAUGUCUUCAAGUCGGAGGACUACAUGUACCGACGCACUGCACAGCUGAGAGCACAUCAGUCUCACCAGCGAGUAAGCACUCGUCUGCAUCAGCGCUUUCAGGCGUGGCUAGACCGGUGGAGGAAAGAGCACGUGACCAGCGACAUGGCGGCCGCCACUUACAAGUGGCUGAUGGGAGAGGGCCGGGAGGGGCUACUGCCCUGCAGAACCGUCUGUGAACCCAAGAUCCUCCACUUCCAGAACGUCAACAGAUAUAAAGUCACCUACAGCACUACGUCGUAAAGCUCAAGUUUUCCAAGAGAAGGGAGGGCUUUUCCCUCCGUUUUAUGUUUUUACGAUGACUGAAGUAGCACUGAAAUUCAAAUCUGACCGCCAUUUGAGUUCUUUGAAGAUUGCUCAAUAUCUUUUUUAAUUUCUACCUUUUUAAAUUUUUAG